AUGCAACCCCAAAUCUUAGUUCUGAAGGAAGGGACGGAUCAGUCCCAGGGAAAGCCCCAACUGGUUUCCAACAUCAACGCCUGCCAGCUAGUUGUAGAUGCCGUUCGCACUACAUUGGGGCCGAGGGGCAUGGACAAACUGAUUGUAGACCAUGGAGGAAAAGCCGUCAUAUCUAACGAUGGAGCCACUAUUAUGAAGCUUUUGGAUAUUGUUCAUCCCGCUGCAAAGACCCUCGUUGACAUCGCCAAGUCCCAAGAUGCUGAGGUCGGAGAUGGGACUACAUCUGUUGUGAUACUGGCCGGGGAGCUAUUGAAGCGUUUGAAGCCUUUUGUUGAAGAAGGAGUCCAUCCCCGUAUAAUAGUGCGAGCUGUUCGUAGUGCUGCCAAAUUAGCAGUCGACAAAGUCAAGGAGUUGGCUGUGAAGAUUGAGAGCAAAUCACCAGAAGAACAGAGGGAACUUCUACGCAAGUGUGCGGUAACAGCUAUGUCUUCGAAGCUGAUUCACCAACAGAAAGAUCACUUCUCGAAGAUGGUUGUUGAUGCUGUAUUGUCUCUGGAUGCUCCGCUGUUGCCGUUGGACAUGAUUGGCAUCAAGAAAGUCUCCGGUGGAGCCCUAGAAGACUCAUUCCUGGUGGCCGGAGUGGCUUUCAAGAAGACAUUCUCAUAUGCCGGCUUUGAAAUGCAGCCGAAGAGCUACACAAACUGCAAAAUUGCUCUUCUUAACAUUGAAUUGGAGUUGAAAGCUGAAAGGGACAAUGCCGAGGUCCGAGUGAAUAAUGUAGAGGAAUACCAGAAAGUGGUUGACGCUGAAUGGAGGAUCCUAUAUGACAAACUAGGAGCCCUACAUGCCAGCGGGGCUCAAGUGGUGCUCAGCAAGCUGCCCAUCGGUGAUGUAGCUACACAAUAUUUUGCUGAUAGGGACAUGUUCUGCGCCGGCCGUGUAACAGACGAGGAUCUCCGCCGCACUCAACGCGCGUGCGGGGGCGCAGUCCUAAGUUCGGUGAGGGAGAUCCGCCCGGAGUCGCUCGGCUCGUGCGAGGCGUUUGUGGAGCGCCAGGUGGGGGGCGAGCGGUACAAUGUGUUCACUGGUUACCAAGGGGACUGUGUUCCUGAGGGUUGCCCGGCAGCGAAGACCUGCACUAUUAUCUUGAGAGGUGGAGCCGAACAGUUCUUGGAGGAAACAGAACGUUCCUUACAUGAUGCUAUCAUGAUUGUGAGAAGAACUAUUAAGAAUGAUGCUGUAGUUGCCGGAGGGGGCGCCAUAGACAUGGAACUAUCAAAACACCUCCGUGAUCACUCCAAGAGCAUCGCUGGCAAGGAACAGCUGCUGUUAUCAGCGGUGGCCAGAGCCUUUGAAGCUAUACCGAGACAGCUGUGUGAUAACGCUGGCUUUGACGCUACCAACCUGCUGAAUAAACUGAGGCAGAAACAUCACCAGGGUGAGCCGUGGUAUGGUGUGGACAUCCAGAAGGAGGACAUAGCUGACAACUUUGAGGCCUGCGUGUGGGAGCCGGCUGUAGUGAAGAUUAACGCUAUCACAGCUGCCUGUGAAGCAGCCGCACAGAUCCUUUCCAUCGAUGAGACAAUCAAGAAUGCCAAGAGCGGGGAACCUCAGAUGCCUGGUCGAGGAAUGGGAAGACCGAGGAUGGGUUGA